GCAGUCACGUGGCGUAUUGACGCGUUUCUCUCACGUUGGUCACGUGACAUGAUACGUACUCUAGACGCUACUCUGCAACACUUCCGCUUCUAAAGAUCGAUGCCGCUCGAGUUGGACAUCUUUAGUUCAGUGUUUCUCUGCAGUUCAUCAUGAAUCCACUAACAAAGGUCAAGUUGAUCAACGAGCUGAAUGAGCGCGAGGCCGACCUCGGAGUGAACGAGUCCGUUUCCUGGCACAACGUGUACAAAGACAGCGCCUGGAUAUUUGUCGGAGGAUUUCCGUACGACCUGUCCGAGGGUGACAUCAUCUGCGUCUUCUCUCAAUAUGGGGAGGUCGUCAACAUCAACUUGGUGCGUGACAAGAAGACGGGAAAGUCCAAAGGGUUCUGCUUCAUCUGCUAUGAGGAUCAGAGAAGCACCAUCCUGGCUGUGGACAACUUCAAUGGCAUCAAGAUUAAAGGACGUACCCUCCGCGUGGAUCACGUUAAAGACUACCGUCCCCCUAAAGACACAGAGGACAUAGACGAUGUGACUAAACGUCUGAGGGAAGAGGGCUGUGCUCCCAAAGCUGUGGAGCCUUUCUCCUCUUCCUCAGAGGAAGAUGAGCAGUUUAAUGUAGCGGUGAAGAAACCCAAGAAAGAAAAAAAGGAGAAAAAAAAGAAGAAAGAGAAGAAGAAAAAAAAGGAGAAAGAUAGGCGGGGGCGGGCUCGCUUCUCCUCUCCUCCACCUCCUGUAAAAGUAAAAGAAGAAAAGGAGGACGCUGCCUAUGAGAAAUACAACCAGAGAGGGGCGUCGGCUGGAACCCAGAACGGACAGAGAAUGAGGGACAAAAUGGAAGAGAGAAGAACGGAGACAGAAAGGGAGAGGGAUGGAGGCAAGUGGACACACCGUGAGAGGGAUAAUGACCAGACCAGAGACAUGGGCCGGGACCGAGAAAGACGACAAGACACUAACCGGGACAGAGAUGAAGGAAGAAGGGAGGACAGGGACAGAAGAAGAAACAACGACCGAAGAUGAUGAGGACAGAGAAAGAUCCUGGGACAUUUGGAAUAAUGAUGUUUGUACUAGUGAAAAUAAAGUGACAUCAGCUGAAGUCAGCA